CUUCCACCUUGCUUUUGCAAAACGUAAAUAAAAUAAAAUUUAACUAUAAGUUAUUUCAAAUAGAAGAAAAAUAUGAAGUAAUUUAUGUGAGGCAUUUAAUGUAAUAAGAUUAGAUAGUGAGAAAUACGUAUUAAAUAUGUCGCUAUGUAUAAAAUUCAAUAAUCUAAAACUUAAAAGUUGCUACCGCUAUGCAUUUUCAUGCAAUAAUUUAGACUAUCGAAUCAGUUUACUGAAUCAGCCUAACCUGAAUAUUAUACCACGACGAGAACUCUUUUGGGAAAGUAAUAGAAAAGCAGGUUACAACUCCAAAGAAAAACAUUCUAAAAUUCUGAUGAUUAAAGAAGGAUUUCAAGAACUUAAAACUGAAUUCAAGCUAUUGGGUAGUGAAAUAAAAGAAUAUUUAGAAGUUGAUCCGCUUCUCAUAGCCAGACCAGGUGAAACUGAUCUUGUAUGGCUUUUUAAUGAACCGGGUGUAUUAGACAAGUUUGUAACAACUAGUGAUAGUGACCACAAUGAAGGUUAUAGUAAUUGCAAGUUAGAAAUGAGUCCCUCGGGGCGUGCUUUAUUUCAUGGUUAUCUGGAUACCAAGGUUCCCAAAGAUGGCCGUAAUAAAAGGGCAGGUUACUGUUCUAUGAGAUCAAAACGGGUCAGAAAAUCAUUUAAAAGGGAAUCCACUUACAAUUGGCAUAUCUACAACACAAUGGUUAUCAAAGUGAGGGGAGAUGGGAGAUCAUAUUUGUUGAAUAUCUCUUGCGAGGGCUACUAUGAUGUAACAUGGAAUGAUAUCUAUCAUUAUGUACUGUUUACUAGAGGUGGGCCGUACUGGCAAGUUGCAAAGAUUCCAUUCUCAAAGUUUGUUCUUGGAUCAAAAGGAAGGCUGCAGGACAAGCAGACAAGAAUAAAGUUAGACAGGGUGACACACUUUGGUAUCUCAUGCGGGGAUAAAGUAAAUGGCAAUUUUAAUUUGGAAAUUGAAUAUGUUGGCUUAGAGUUCGAUCCAACACACGAAGAAGAUUUUGCUUACGAAAUGUAUCAAACUGAAAAACAUAUUGUCGGAGUGUAGCUGAUAGUUGUUCAGUGACUCACGCUGAAGUACAUGAUGACGAACCAACGCUAACAUAUGAAGAAGGUUUGUGUUGGGCUUGUGUCUUGUAGCGAGUCGAAAUUUAUUAUUAUUGACACAACCUGUUGUGAAAUGUUGAAUUAAAAAGCUUACAAGGAAAA